AUGUUUUUCUUACCAUUAUUGCAUAUUCAACAUUUAUACAUUUGUGUAUAUUUGUUAUUCAUUUCAUUUUUUACGAUAUUGGCACCUGGAAUUAAGGGACAAAAUUUGGAGAAGUCAAGAUCAGUAUGGGUGGAACAAGGCUUGUUACUUGGUAAAAUUUACAAGUUAGCCGAUAAUUAUGUUCAAAUAUUUCGCGGUAUACCAUAUGCUGAAGCACCUGUUGGUCAUUUGCGGUUUAAGCGUCCGGUAAAACGAGCACGUUGGCAUCAAGAAUACGCAGCACUCGAUUACGGUGCGCCAUGUUUGCAAUUUAUGGAAUUUCAUAAACAAGACAAAUUUUCCGGUUCAAAUAUGCAAAAUGAAAGUGAAGAUUGUCUAUUUCUUAAUGUCUUCACACCAUAUGAUCCUGAAGAAGAAUCAAAGUUACAUCCGGUCAUUGUAUGGAUUCACGGUGGAUCGUUUUUAGCCGGUUCAGGUGAUACUGGCAUUGAUAUGGAAGUGAUAACGAAACAUUUUACAUCCAACGGUGUUGCAUUGGUAACGCUUAACUAUCGCCUUGGGCUUUUGGGAUUUAUGAAUUAUAAGAACAACGAUCAUGUCGAAGGUAAUUUCGGUAUUUGGGAUUUGGUAAUGGCAUUGGAAUGGAUUCAAACAAAUAUGAAACAGUUGAACGGUGACCCAUCAAAGGUCACAGUUAUGGGUGAAAGUGCUGGUGCAGCUGCCGCUUCGGUACUUGCAGUAUCACCCAGAACUAAAGGUCUGCUACAUCAAGCGAUCAUGUUGUCCGGUUCAUCAACAGCCGGUUGGGCUAUUCAUCGCUUUGGUCAACCGGAAUGGAGUGUAAACAAUAUUGCGGCAUACAUCCAGUGUGAGAAAGAACUGGAUAAACAAACAAUACAAUCGUUAUUUAAAGCUUCUGGAUUGCCAAUUACCAGCAAGGAAUGUAAUAUACAAGAAAAGAUACCUUAUUGUUUAACUAACAGCGAAGAAAUGAAUAAUAUGGAAUUGGUUGAGUGCUUUCGAAAUGAACUCAAUCUUUCAUCAUUUCCAUUCCGUUAUGCAAUUGCUACUGAGCUAGGAGUAUCGAAAAUGAUAGUGGAUAAUGAACUGAUACCGCAAUCUGGUGUUGAGUUAAUUAGCAAGAAUGCACGGAUACCGAUCAUCAUUGGUGUCGCACAACAUGAAUGGGCUCAUAAGAAAGCACAAGAUUAUGGUUUAAAUGAAUUCAAAAAUGUUUCAAUUGAGGACUGCAACACUAAUAUUCGUAAAAUUAUCAAUGAACAUUAUCAUACCGGUUGUUCAAAAAAACUUCAUAAUUCAACAUUGGAACUUAUUGCAAAUGCUAGUUUUCUGAGGUACAUUGAUACGCCGGAAAAUAAUCGUACUUUAACACGUGUUGUCUAUGGACUGCAAGAUUUAGAAGCGGAUAUUGAAUUUGUCGCACCGGCACAGCGUGAAAUUGAUGGUUACGUGGAGAAUGGCAUAUCUGUUUAUGCAUAUUCAUUCAGUUAUUUCCCAAAAUCGCCAAUCUAUGAGGAAGAACGGAAAAAAUACACUAUUUUUGGACGAGAAGCAAUUAAAGUGAAACGAAAAGAACUUCAAAUACGACGAAAUGAUCGGCCAAGAGCAUUUCAUGGCCUGGAUCAUGCAUAUAUAUUCACAAAUGGUUACGCUAAUAAUUUAUUAAUUGAACCGUUUACUAAAAGAGAUCAACAAAUGGCUAGGAUGCUUUCAACAAUGAUUACAAAUUUUGCCAAAUAUGGAAAGCCAACACCAACUGGAUGGAACGGUUUCAAAUGGGCACCAUUUACAAAUGAAUCUCCUCAAUAUGCAAUUUUAGAUUUACCCCCCAA